GACUGCCACUAUGUAGCUCAUUCUCUGCGGUAUCUCAGUUCAACUUUCUAACUCGUGGGUAGAUAGAUGCCAAUUUAUUUCUAGAGGUCUGUCGAUUCGUUUUAGCACCGGACUGUCUGAGCGACUAUCAUUGUCCUUAACAGCACCCGCGCAGUCUCUACUGGUGCUGAAUCGACGAAGCGUUUUCGUGGCCCUUGAGAUACCAGACGAAAUGGUCUGCAUGCGAUGAUGUCCAAAACAAGUGCUUGAUUGUAAUGCGUGCACUUUCAUCAACAAUCUUAUCUGCGAUUUACUCAUUUCUCUCUGCACACCGUUGUCGCAGUGUGGGUGCUCCACAAGUUUAGAUUUCAGGAAAUAUCAAAUAUCUUCAAAUUUCGGCAAUUAAACUCAAUAGCCAUCUUUCCCGGUUGUGUUAUUUUACAGCAUUGUUAUAAUUUGUACAGUUCAGGGUGCGGGUUUUCGUCAUCUCGAAAUUUGAGCACUACCGACAGCAUCCGGGAGCUGCUGUGAGCAGAGAAGCUAUUGAAUGGAGAGCAGACAUAAUUUGCUCCAGAGAAGACCCACUUUAUGGACUGCGGUAGUCCUGGUGAUAUUGCAGCUGGCCCUUAGUUGCUGGAUGUGCACUGUGGAUGCGUUGCAAACGGGAUACUACGCAGCGACAUGUCCAAAUGCUGAAGCAAUCAUAAGAGCGGCUAUGGAGAGGGGGAUGCAAGAGGAUUCUGGUACUGCACCGGGUGUGCUACGGCUCCACUUCCACGAUUGUUUUGUAGAUGGAUGUGACGGAUCAGUCCUCCUCGACGGGCCGAGAUCGGAGAAAACAGCAUCGCCCAACUUGACUUUGCGAGGAUACGAGGUGAUUGACGCAGCUAAGGCAGACCUGGAGUUAGCAUGUUCGGGAAUCGUUUCAUGCGCGGAUAUUCUUGCGUAUGCUGCUCGUGACGCUGUAGUAUUGACGGGAGGAUUAGGGUGGGCAGUCGAAGCCGGCAGAUUAGACGGUCGCGUUUCCGACGCCGGAAGAGCAUUUGCUGAGAUACCGGAUCCAAGCUUCAGCUCUGCCCAACUCGCGGCGGUGUUUGCUCGCAAGGGCUUGACAACCAGUGACAUGAUAGUCCUAUCAGGUGCGCACUCCAUCGGACGCGCCCACUGCGACUCCGUGAAGACUAGAUUAUACCCAGUUCAAGACCCCAACCUGAGGGAGCCUCUCGCGGCAGAGCUGAGAUCCGGAUGCCCUCAGCAAGGCGGAAGCGCGACGUUCAGCUUGGAUUCAACCCCCAACCAAUUCGACAACGCUUACUAUAUCGACGUCGUAAACGGGAGAGGCAUCAUGCGCUCCGAUCAGGCCUUGUUCGACGACCCUUCCACCCGCACCGAAACCAUGUUCAAUUCCCUUGGCGCUGCUCCGUGGGCCUUCCGGUUCGGUCAAAUUAUGGUCAAGAUGGGACAAGUCGGCGUCAAGACUGGCCCCGACGGCGAGAUCCGCCGCAACUGCAGAUUCGUAAACACACCGAUCUAGUUGGUUCGAUCCAUCGUCAUGUUGAAUGCCCCAGUCGACGCAUCUUGAAGAACACUCUCGCGGCGCCGUCGGUAGUCUAGAACCAGUUUCUAAGAAUGACUUCGACUUGAAUCUGUCGUUUACAUGAUGUUCGGCGCCGUGCAAAUGGCAACAUGUUUACGUGGAGUGUCAUGUUUGUAUUCAUAAGGAGGAGUUCGAUGGUGUAGAAACCAUCGGAGAAAUACAGUAGUGGGUGUCAUUGUAAAUAUAGUUGUCAAAAGUCCACAAUUAGACCUCACACUACUGAAAAAAUGUGCAAAGCUGUUGGAAAUGAUUUUACAAAUAAAAAAUUGAGCAAUAUAUGUGUAUUUUGUCAGGAA